AUGUCGAGCUACGAAAAGAGGUUCGAGUAUAGAGGUCCAGCGGACGAGAUCGUCGAGCCCGAGGGUCUUUCGACGACUCGCUCGAGAGAUCUUGUCGGAGGCGCCCCUGCUGGUUACCAUGAUCGUGACGUCUUUGGCAACGAGGAAGAUGCGGAUAUCAAAUACAAAACACUGUCAUGGCCUCUCGUCGCCGUCCUCAUGAUUGCUGAAAUUGUCAGUAAUGGCAUGCUCUCCUUACCGGCAGCGACAGCGGUGGUCGGCAUCGUCCCCGGUGUCGUUCUGAUUAUCUUUCUUGGGGUCUUUGCAUUGUAUACCUCUCUCGUGCUUAUAGACUUCAAAAUCAACCACCCGGAAGUCCACAAUAUGGGCGAUGCCGGCAAGAUCCUCGGAGGCCCCCUCCUGCGAGAAAUCCUCGCCGCAGGGACUGUUAUCUUUGCUGUCUGUGCAACAGGGUCACAGCUACUUGCCGGACAAAUCGCCUUGGGUGUCUUGUCGGACAACAAGCUCUGUCUGAUGUGGUAUACUGGAAUCUUUGCAAUUCCAACCCUCAUACUCUCAUUCCCUCGGACCUUGGACCAGCUCUCCUGGCUCUGCAUUCCCUCAUGCUUCUGCAUUUUGGUCGCCGGCGUUGUAGGUAUGGGGGCCGCUGGAGGGAAUCCCGCUCCCGAUCGACACGUCGACGUCGUUCGCUCAGCCAGUUUUUACAACGCUUUUGUGUCCAUUACGAAUCCCGUUUUCGCGUACGCAGGACAUUUCAUGUUUUUCAUCUUGAUCUCAGAGAUGAAGCGACCCGCCGAUGCCAAAAAGGCGGCGUGGGUGUUGCAGGUUUUUGCCACUGCAUUCUAUGCCGUCUUCGCCGUCGUCAUGUACGUUUAUUUAGGGCCAUCGGUUCAAUCGCCAGCCUUUUCGUCUCUCCCCACCAAAUGGGCCAAAGCCACGUACGGCAUCGCCCUCCCCAACUUCCUCAUCGCUGGAUCACUGUACUCCCAUACCGCUGCCAAAUUAUUCUUCAUUCGAUUCUUCCGCAAAUCUCGGCACCAUCUGCACAAACAUACCAUCCUAGGCUGGGCCACUUGGACCACUCUCAUCAUCUUAGCCAAUGGGGCUGCAUUUGUGUUGGCUGUGGGUGUCCCUAUCUUCGCGUACCUAGUGAGUAUCGCGGCGAGUCUGUUCGCAAGCUGGUAUACCUAUGGGAUCGCCGGGGCGUUUUGGUUGUACGAUGCUUAUCAUGGGCUGGAUAAGGGUCGGGUGAAGGGUAUUUACGGUAUGCGGGCAUGGGCUGGGAGUCCAGUCAAGGCAAUCAUCAAUGUGGCGACUUUUGCUGCGGGAGCCUUCAUUUGCGUUGCCGUCCUCUCAAGCCAACUGGGAAGGCGAUCUGCCCAACGGCUAGAGACUCAAAUUGGUCAGGUUUCGUGCACUCUAGCUGGGGUUGUCCAAUUCGUCCAGACGACACAGCGCAACGUGCCCAGAUGUCUUGGGUAUCCGUGGGAAGCCGACGUCGCUUCUUCUCACGUCUAUCUCGAAGAUGUACUCGGCCGGUGUACGAUUUUGCCCGCGGUCCUCUGUCGUACUUUCGACACGUUUCACGAUACCCUGAAGAUAAUAUUCUCCGACCAUCCUGGGUUUCAGAAAGUGGUCCGCAGGGAGUUUGAGAUUAUCAACGAGACCGUUGGCCGCACAAUCUUGGAAUAUACGCCCGAGUCAAUUUUGGAAUAUACGCCUUGUGAUGCUAUCUAUGGCACAAGCCCUCUUUUAGCGGCAGCAGAGUCAGGACAUUUUGAGAUCCUCAAGAAGCUCCUCGAUUUUGGCGCCGAUAUCAACCAGAGAUCUGCCGGGUUGUAUCUACGCCCCCCGCUAUGUGGUGCUGCUGUAACGAGAAACUUAGAAAUGAUCGAUUAUCUUGUCGAAAGAGGCGCCGUUAUCUUCGGAAAUCAUGGUUCUCGCGCCUUAUGGGACGCUGUUGGCAGGGACCACGUCGACGUGGUCAGCCGUUUACUCGAUCUGGGCGCCAACGUCAAUGCUGAAGUGAAUGGAGUAGUCGCCAUUCACUGCGUCAAGUCCUUACGGAUGUUAAAUCUUCUUGUCGAAAGAGGCGCCGGUAUCUACGGAAAUCAUGGUUCUCGCGCCUUGCGGGCCGCUGUUGGCAGGGACAACGUCGACGUGGUCAGCCGUUUACUCGAUCUGGGCGCCAACGUCAAUGCUGAAGUGGAUGGAGCAGUCCCCAUCCACCACGUCGAGUCCUUACGGAUGUUGAAUCUUCUUGUCGCUCGCGGAGCGCAGGUGAACGAACCAUGUCCUCGAUUGCCAAACGGGACGGCAUUGGAGCGAGCGGUUUCAAAGGGUGAUAUAGGUCUUAUCAAGGAACUCUUACGCCUGGGAGCCGACACGCACAUUCCCGACUCUCGAGCUCGCGCUCAUUCUCUACUACAGUCUGCUGCUGCCGCCUCUAAACUUGUUGACACGGUGCCAACGACCUAG